AAGGAAGUAGCCCCAUUAUUUUUCCGACUUUAAACAACACCCAGUAACGUGGUUUUGGAAGUGUGUUUCUGUCCUUAUGGACUCAUCUGGACCUAUAUAACAUCUGACACAUCAGCCUGGCCAUGGACCCUUCCCCGUCUUCGACAGUCACACGUGGCAGGAAGAGGAGAAGGGACGAAGCUCCAUCUGCGCACGAGGGCGUCAGAAGAGUGACGGCUGAGGAGGACGGGGACGGAGAGCUCCGGCGAAGGCCUCCCGGUCCGGCGAGGCUCUCAGUGCGUCCCGGUCGUCUGCAGCAGCCGAUCACGCUGGCCGAGCUGGUGGAGCUGCUUCAUUUUGCUGCUCUGGGCAAAGCAGGAGGCCUCAAGCAGCCAAGCUGGUGCCGUGUCCACCAUCAACGCAAGGUGAGCGGUAUAAAUGUCGCCGUCGUGGAGGGCCUGACGCAGAGCCUGUUCUACAAGAACUACCUCUCGAUGGAGCACCUCAGGACCAGCUACGCCACCAGGAUUACCUUCACGCCGUCAUCUAACAAUGCAGCUUCUGAGAUCUUCAGCCGCGAAGUUCCUAACAUGGACCUUUCAUGUGUUUCCAAACCGGAGGAGACGCUUCAUAAGGCCCUGAAGCAUCACCCGGUCAUCACUGCGUUUGGCACACAGAGGAGAGGACUGACUGCGUAUGUGCUAAGCCAACCACAGAUGAUCAAACAUCACUAUCCGGUCAAGGGAUUACCAGGUUUUGAGGAGUUUUUGUGCACAAGCAGCGAUGUCUGCCUCACCGAUGACAGCCCACUGUAUGGACUCGACUGUGAAAUGUGUCUGACAGAAAAGGGAAAUGAGCUGGCUCGUGUUUCUCUGGUGGACAGUGAUGGGAAUUGUGUGCUGGAUCAGCUGGUGAAACCUCAAAACCGUGUCUUGAACUACCUGACAAAGUUCUCGGGGAUCACUGCAGCCAUGUUGAGACCAAUCACGACCACCCUGCGGGAUGUUCAGACAAAGAUCAGGACUUUGUUACCAGACGACGCGGUUCUGGUGGGUCAUUCCCUCAACCAUGACCUCAUCGCACUGAAACUCAUCCACAAACACGUGAUCGACACCUCCCUGCUGUACAGGAGAGAAUUCGGCCAGAAGUUUAAGCUCAAGGUUCUGGCCGAGGCCGUGCUGAAGAGGCGGAUCCAAACCGACGAGAGGAGGGGCCAUCAUCCCACCGAGGACGCCGCGGCAGCCCUGGAGCUGGCCCAGUACUUCAUCAAGGAAGGACCGCGCCAGGUUGUGGAGCUUCACCUGGAGGAGCUGUGGGGAUGCACAUUAAAGGAGGAAGAGGAGGAGGAGGAGGAGUCGCCUAAACGCACACCAAGUUACAGGUUUGCAGACGUCCUGCAGACGCUCGGCCGCUCCGCUGCGUAUUUCGGUAAGCGCGCCAACGUUGCGCUGGAUCUGACCCAUCAGCGCUGGUACAGCUCUGACAAGGAGACGCUGGCAUCUUUCAGGAAACAGACGAAGCAGCCGUUCCUGUCGGUCCUUCGGUUUUCGGACCAUCUGGAAGGACGCCGCGCCGAUCAGCAGCCGCUGUAUCGCAACGCGUGUGCCGACCUGCGGGACAUGUGUUCCGUGUUCGCCGGACCGCUCCCCGCCGGUUUCUCCAGAAGAGACGUGAGGCGGCUGUUUCGCCGCUGCGGCCCGGUCCGGAGGGUCCGCAUGUUGGAGUCAAGCGUCCGGAUCCAUGCAAAGGUGGAGUUUUGGAUGCUGGAAGGAGCGACGCUAGCUUUAAAAGUCCUGAAUGGACUCAGCGUGCUGGGUCAGACCCUCAAGGUGCAGAGGCCCGUGAAUGAAUCAACGCUGGACUUGGAUCUGAAUCUUGAGGCCUUAACGAGCGACAAGCUCAACGCCAAUCACCUGUACGUCGUUAAACCGGGUCGCGACGACGCGGCCCGGGGUCCGGACGUUUCCACGAAGCUUAACGGACGUCUCGCAGACGCCGGAUGUUCCGGUCUCACCGCUGGCGGACAGACGAACGGCUCGCUGCGGACGGCUAAGAUCAACGGCGAACGGCUGCAUCCCUGCGCGGCCGAAUCGGAGCUGAGCGAGGAGAGCGUCCGAGAGACGUUCAGUCUCUACGGUUCAAUAAAGAGCAUCUUCCUCCCCCGCAGACCGGGGAAACGUGCGCGGCAUGCAUGCGUAGAGUUUGGGAGUUCUGAGGCCAAACGCGCCGCCCUCAGCUCCUCUGAGCGUCUGCUGAAGAAAAGCUACCAAGUGUGGCCGUCCAUGACUCCCCCCCACUUAACUUCAUGGUUUGGCGUGGCGCCGGCGAGGAACAUCGAGGAAGAGGAGGAAGAGGGGGCAGCGGCGGAGCAGAGAGCCGACUCGUCUGACGGCAGUUCUCAGGAUCAGGAAACGAGUUUAAUGAAGAAGCUGGACCGCCGGCUGAGGAAACUCUUCACCUCACUCCCAGACGGCACCUUGUCUGUGGUUCUGCUCCUCGGAGUCAGCAGGACAAGUUGUGAUCAUCCUGGUUUAUGUUUCUUGGAAGUCAAAAAUGGAUCUUGAGGAAAUACCCUGAGAGGCUCAGCAGUGAAACUGCGGACUACUUUACUUUCAGUGAAAGAUCAGGAAGCCUUCUUUGAACUUAUUAAACAUCAGAGCUCAUAAGGACACAACCAUGGUCUUUUUCCCCCUCUUGCCUUUUAGGAAAUAUAAAAACUUCACUUUGCCUUUAAAUUGAUUUUAAAUAAAAAAACGUCGGGGCUCCCA